AUGGCGUUGACCACGGCUACGGCGGCGGCGGCGGCGGCGGCCCCAUCACCGACGAGCUCCCCCUGCGCGGCGUGCAAGUUCCUGAGGCGUAAGUGCCAGCCGGACUGCGUCUUCGCCCCUUACUUCCCGCCUGAUCAACCCCAGAAGUUCGCCCACGUACACAAAGUCUUCGGAGCCAGCAACGUCACCAAGCUCCUCAACGAGCUCACCCCGUACCAGCGGGAAGAUGCGGUCAACUCCUUGGCCUACGAGGCCGAGAUGAGGCUGCGGGACCCCGUCUACGGCUGCGUUGGCGUGAUCUCCAUCCUUCAGCACCAGCUCCGGCAGCUCCAGAUGGACCUCUCCUGCGCCAAGUCAGAGCUCUCCAAGUACCAGGCCUCGGCUACGUCAGCCCUGGUCAACGUCAACGUCAAUAAACCCGUCGGCUUCCGGGGGAUCGCUAUGGGUAGGGAGCCCUUCCUCGCCGUGCCAGCCGGCAGAGACCAUCACCACCUUCUGAUGAGGAGCUAUGACGCCGACAUGGCCGGCGGCGUGGGAUCCAACGUCGGAUACGACGCCGGGUUCAUGGCGGCGGCGAUGAACAUGUCGGCGGGUCUGGGUCCGUUGGGUGGGCAGUUCUCCAAGACGAGGACAGCAGGGGGAAACGAAAGGCAGGCGAUCGGACCAUCUUAG